CUUGGCUAGCUAAGGAAUGAUAGGAACGUGGUGAGGUAUGAGAGUGGGGUUGAUUAAAGGCGCUUGUCUGAUUCUUUCUUUAAUGUGUGUUGGUUUCUUUUGUUUGAUAUUUUUGUGUUGCUUGGUCCCGAAAGUGGAAACUUGCCGGGAAAUUUCUCGUUGGAGCAAUUGAUUAAUAGUCUAUAAACCAUCAACGGCCCAGUGCUCGUCCUACUCAACUUACUUGCCACGUUUGUGGGAAGAGUUCUACCAAUCAGGGGGCGCAGAAACAGAGUGCUGGGGUUCGAAAGAGAGCCCAGCAGGCGAGAGUACAAGUGAUGACUCAUAAGGAAGCUGCGGCCACCGACGUAAUCACGAGUACCUUGCCUGCUAACUCUAAUUAUGCGCAUGUUUUAUUUGAUUCGGGUGCAUCGCACCCUUUUAUUGCUCGAUCUUAUGUUUUGAAACGAGCUUUGCUUGUUGAUACCUCUGAUUGUGAACUGCAUGUGAACACCCCUUUAGGAGGGGUGAUGACUACUAGGGAGAUGUGUAGGACUGUAGAUAUUUAUAUUGAUGGUAGACAGCUGAGUGCUAACCUGUUUGUGUUAGAUAUCUCCGAUUUUGAUAUCAUUUUGGGGAUGGAUUGGCUGUCAAAAAAUUUUGCCUUUAUAGACUGUCAUCGGAAAUGGGUAAUUUUUAAUAUUCAUGGUGAGCCAAAAUUUAGUUUCCAAGGCAGUGGUUCUUUUGCCCCACCCGUGUUAGUAUCUGCCUUGCAGGCUCAGAAAUAUCUUGUAAAUGGUUGCCAAGGUUUCCUAGUCUCCGUUACUGAUGCUAGUAGUGUGACAUCGAGACUAGAGGACAUACCGGUGGUGCGUGAGUUUCCGGAGGAUCUCCCAGGUUUACCUCCGGAUAGAGAGGUUGAAUUUGCUAUUGACCUUGUUCCUGGCACCGAACCCGUUUCCAAAGCACCAUACCCUCCAGUGUUGUUUGUCAAGAAGAAGGAUGGGAGCAUGAGGUUAUGCAUUGAUUACCGGGAAUUGAAUAAGGUAUUUUCUAAGAUUGAUCUUCGAUUUGGCUACCACCAGUUGAAGAUUAAACUGGAUGAUGUGCCAAAGACUGCCUUUCGCACUCGUUAUGGUCAUUAUGAGUUCAUAGUCAUGCCAUUUGGCUUGACAAAUGCCCCUGCCAGAUUUAUGGAUUUGAUGAAUCGGGUGUUUGGCAAGUACCUAGAUCAGUUCGUGGUUGUCUUCAUUGAUGACAUUUUGAUCUACUCUUCUAGCCCCACUCUUCAUGAAAAACACUUAAGGACAGUCCUCGAGACAUUGAGAAGUGAGAGGCUGUUUGCUAAAUUUAAGAAGUGUAAAUUUUGGCUAGAUAAUGUUGCAUUCCUAGGUCACGUUGUGACUAAGGAUGGAAUCUCUGUUGACCCCCAGAAGAUUGAGGCUGUGGUUGAUUGGAAAAGGCCGAAUAGUGUUGUAGAAAUCCGUAGUUUUCUGGGAUUGGCUGGUUAUUACUGUCGAUUUGUGGGGGAUUUCUCUAAAAUUGCUCUGCCAAUGACUCGUCUUAUCAGGAAGGACACCAAGUUUGAGUGGACCCCAGAGUGUGAGAAGAGCUUUUUGACCUUGAAGGAGAAGUUGGUCACUGCUCCUUUAAAGCCUUAUGAAGAAAAUUACCCUACCCAUGAUCUGGAGUUGGCAGCUGUAGUAUUUGCACUCAAGAUCUGGAGGCAUUAUCUGUAUGGUGAGACUUGUGAAAUCUUCACUGAUCACAAGAGCCAUAAGUAUAUUUUCACACAAAAAGAGCUUAAUAUGAGGCAGAGGCGAUGGCUUGAACUUUUAAAGGACUACGACUUGACCAUUAGCUACCAUCUGGGCAAGGCUAACAAGGUAGCAGAUGCGUUGAGUAGGAAGUUCUCUGGCACUGCCUCUAGCAUCCUUGCCACUCAGAAGGAGUUACUUGAGGAUCUUGUGAAACUGGAUGUGGAGUUGAGAAUGGACAACACUACGGCUUAUCUAGCCGCUCUCAGUGCACAACCGGCAUUAAUAGAUAGAAUUAAACUUGGCCAACAAAAAGAUUCCUUCUUGCUGAAGAUGAAGGAAAAAAUCAUGCCUGGAGGCGUGAGAUUAUGGGAGAUGCCCAUUAUACUAGCUAUACAAUUCACCCAGGGUAAUGAUUCCAUUUGGGUCAUCGUUGAUCGAUUGACCAAAUCAGCUCACUUCUUACCCUACCUGACUGGCACUUCCAUUGAAAAGCUUGCCAAUAUGUACAUAGAGGAGAUAGUCAAACUGCAUGGAGUCCCUGUGUCUAUUGUGUCAGAUAGAGAUACCAGAUUUUUAUCUCAUUUCUGGACAAGCUUGCAGCAGGCACUUGGCACUCAAUUAAAUUUCAGCACGGCCUUUCAUCCUCAAACUGAUGGGCAAUCUGAGAGAACAAUUCAAAUACUUGAGGACAGGUUAAGGGCUUGUGUUCUAGAUUGGAGGGGUUCGUGGGAUCAACACUUAUCCAUAGUUGAAUUUGCAUAUAAUAAUAGUUACCAGUCCAGCAUCCGCAUGGCACUGUUUGAGGCUUUGUAUGGUCGAAGGUGUAGAUCACCUGUUUGUUGGACGGAAGUGGGCGAAAGGAGCAUUUUAGGCCCAGAAUUGGUGCAACAAUCUUCUGAGAUUGUGCAGUUGAUCAAGGAACGCCUUUGUGCUGCACAAAGCAGGCAGAAAAGCUAUGCGGAUAAAAGGAGACGAGACCUUGAGUUUGAAGUUGGUGACCAGGUAUUUUUGAAGGUGUCACCCACUCGAGGUGUCCUCAGGUUUGGCAUCCGGGGAAAAUUGAGUCCGAGGUAUAUUGGACCAUAUCCUAUCUUGGAAAGGAUUGGCGAGGUAGCUUAUAAAUUGGAGUUGCCUAGAAAUCUAGCGGGUGUUCAUGAUGUGUUUCAUGUGUCCUUACUUCGGAAGUAUGUUCUCGACCCGAGUCACAUCAUUAAUCCCGAACCAAUUCAACUUCGGGAGGAUCUUACUUAUGAUGAGCACCCGAUCCGCAUUUUAGAUUUCAAGGAGAGGAUAAUGCGGAAAAGGACCAUUCGUUUUGUUAAGGUCCUCUAGGACAACCAUUCGGUUGAAGAAGCUACUUGGGAGUUGGAAUCCAAGAUGAGACAGGAACAUCCGCACCUCUUCCAAGAUUGAGGUAUGAGUUUAAGGGACUAAACUCCUUUUUAGGAG